AUGAACUGCCAGGGGUCCGCCGACCCGGUUGGCUUUUGGUUCUCUCACUUUGGUGAGGAAACAGCUUCGCUAUGGAAGAUAGUGACACGUCAGACUAGCAAGGCAUUCACAUUCCCAUUUUGUCUGGAUGACUCAGACCCGGUGGCGUUUCACGAGAACGCUCGACAACCGGAAUGUCUGGUCCCCAUCAGGUUAGAUAUCGAAUGUGAUGGUGUCAAGUUGCGCGAUUGUUUCACCUGGAAUCGGAACGAAUUGCUUAUCACACCGGAACAGAUGGCCGAGGUCUUGUGCGAUGAUCUCGAUCUGAACCCGAUCAGUUUCGUCCCGGCCAUUGUAAAUGCUAUCAAGCAACAGGUUGAAGCUCAUCCAGUAGACUAUCUGUUGGCUGGACAGACCGACACUCGGGUAAUCAUUCGUCUCAAUAUCCAUGUUGGCAACACCUCACUAGUCGAUCAGUUUGAAUGGGAUUUGUCGGAGCCAGAGAAUUCGCCGGAACUAUUUGCCAGUCGCUUGUGCGCGGAAUUGGGUCUGGGAGGAGAAUUCGUGACCGCAGUCGCGUACAGUAUUCGAGGUCAAUUGGCCUGGCAUCAGCGUGUCUAUGCGUUCAGGGGGAUACCUUCACAGAAGAAGGUUAACUGUGAAUAA